UUAUCUGCGAAAAGAUGCCCUAUACUCCAGUGAACUACUACAAUUCCGAUCUUAAGAUCUGGAGCGGAGACCAAGUAACGCACUACUUUGACCGCCAUUUAUCAAUUGGAGAAAUAAUCUUCAAGGAAAUGCAGAGACAUCCCAAACAAAUUGCUCAGAUUUCGGCAACGGAAAACACAAUACUGACUAGGCAAGAACUUCUGCAAAACACAAUGCAUGUGGCUAGUUUCAUGAGAUCUGAAGGCCUCCUCCAAACCGAUGUGGUUGGACUCAUUGCCAGGAACACCACCCAUUUACCCGCCGUGGCUUAUGCCUGUUUUUUCAAUGGAAUUGCUUUCCAUUCUUUAAACAUUACCUAUGACCGAAACACUAUCGAAAAGCUGUUCAACAUCACCAAGCCAAAACUGAUAUUCUGUGAUGGAGAUGAAUUCGAAAAAGUACGAGAGGCCACCUCUGAAUUGGAUGUGAAAAUCAUUACCAUGCGCAAUCACCAUUCGGAAUCUAUCACGAUCAAUGAAGUUCUGGACACUCCAAUCGAGGAUAAUUUUCAGCCCGCUGAAUUGGAACAGGGAAAUGAUCAGACGCUGGCCAUUCUGUGUUCCUCGGGCACCACUGGUAUUCCCAAGGCUGUCACCAUCUCCAAUAGCCGACAAAUUUUGGCGGCUAACCACCAUCUGACCACCUCGGAUAUUCAAUACUCCCACAACACCCUUGACUGGAUUACUGGUCUCCUGACCACUAUCACCUCAGGGGUAUAUAGCACAACUCGUAUCAUAGCGGAUAAUGCCUUUGAUCCUGUUUUUGCGAUGAAACUUAUUAAGGAUUACAAAGUCACUUGGAUCAUUCAACCACCUUCGGCUAUGGCUAUGAUGGUCAACACCCCGGAGUUUGAGACUUGUGAUCUAUCCAGUCUACGGUGCUACAUGUAUGGAGGAUCUCGAGCCUCCGUAGAAGUGCAGAACAGUAUAAGAAGUCGCCUGAGCCAGGACUGUUUACAAUUCGCCUAUGGCUUCACCGAGCUGGGCGCCAUGGCUACAAUCAACUUGCAUUAUGACCAGAAGCCCAAUUCGGUGGGUCGGUUGGUAAAUGGACUAAGGAUGAAGAUAAUCAACGACCAGGGUGAGUCACUGGGUCCCGAGGAGAUGGGAGAGGUGUGUAUUAGCAAUGGCCAGCACUGGAUGGGAUAUUUCGGAAAUCAACAGGAGACCCGAGAUAUGCGGGACCUCAAGCGGUGGUUCCACUCCGGUGACCUGGGCUACGUGGACCGCGAUGGCUUCCUGUACAUUAUGGAGCGCAAAAAGGAUAUGCUCAAGUAUCAGAACAUCAUGUACUAUCCAAAUGACAUCGAAGCCAUAAUAUCCCAAAUGCCAGAGGUAGCCGAGGUUUGUGUUUUCGGAGUGUGGAGCAAUAUCUAUGGAGAUGAGGCUGCCGCAUGUGUAGUCAAGAGACAAGGAUGUAGUCUUAGUGAACAGGAUGUGGUGGACUAUGUCCAGUCUCGUACGGACUCCAAGUAUAAGCAACUGAAUGCCGGAGCAAUCAUUGUAAACGAUCUGAUGCGAAGUGCCAACGGAAAAACUAAUCGCAUAGCCAACAAAGCACACUACCUUCAAGUCAAAAAUAGGAAUUAA